UCGCAGCUCAAACUGAGGUGAUAGAUCGUCUCUGAUGCAGGUCCUAAAUCCUGGAAUGACCUGCCUAAAUGUUUGUCCCCAUGACAGCCAAGCGUGGACUGAUAACUGAUUCCUUUAAGGUGGUGAAAAAAACCAGGAGAGGAGGAAAACGGGGGAAGAGCCCCACACCUCCUGCACCAGAGAUAGAGGAUGAAGCUCAAACUGUCAGAGAGAAGGAGCUGCAGAAACUCAAAGAGUUUGACCUGGACUGGCRCUUUGGGCCCUGCACAGGCAUCAGCCGGUUGCAGAGAUGGGACAGAGCAAAGUUUCAUGGUCUGAAGCCACCUGAGGAGAUCAGAGAGCUGCUGCUGCAAACACUCACUGAUCCAGAGUACGCACAAAGCUUGUGGAAAGAUUAUCCAUUCUGAAGAGGACAUCAUGAAGCAGAAGAUGAUGCACACAUCCAUGCAUAUUUUGAUCUUUUAAAUUCAUCUUUAAUAAUGUUCUUCCUCUGAAAUAUUUAAUCACUUUUUAGUAAACAAAUACCGACAAAUUC